UACAACAACAGAUCCCUGACAGGUACUCGCUCCCCCUCUCCAUCCAGGUAUGACUAUGUGGAGGUACGUGACGGCGUGGACGAGAGUGGGCAGCUGGUGGGGAAGUACUGUGGGAAGAUCGCCCCGUCACCCGUGGUGUCUUCUGGGUACCAGCUCUACAUCAAGUUUGUGUCCGACUACGAGACCCAUGGAGCAGGCUUCUCCAUCCGCUAUGAGGUCUUCAAAACAGGUCCGGAAUGUUCCAGGAACUUCACAUCUAACAAUGGGUUAAUAAAGUCACCUGGUUUUCCAGAGAAGUAUCCUAACAACCUGGACUGCACCUUCAUGAUCUUUGCCCCCAAGAUGUACGAGAUCAUCCUGGAGUUCGAGAGCUUCGAGCUUGAGCCUGACACCACCCCUCCCACCGGGGUCUUCUGUCGAUACGAUAGGCUGGAGAUCUGGGACGGCUUCCCUGGAGUUGGUCCGUACAUUGGGCGGUACUGUGGUCAGAACACCCCGGGUCGUAUCAUCUCCUACACGGGCAUCUUGGCACUGACAAUCAACACCGAUAGUGCCAUCGCGAAGGAGGGCUUCUCUGCCAACUUCACUGUGUUGGAGCGGACUGUGCCAGAGGAUUUUAACUGUACAGACCCAUUAGGUAUGGAAUCGGGGGAGAUAGCAUCAGAGCAGAUCGUAGCUUCUUCUCAGUACAACCCCGGCUGGUCCCCGGAGCGAGCCAGACUCAACUACUACGAGAACGCAUGGACACCAGGAGAGGACAACAACAAGGAGUGGAUACAGGUGGACUUGGGUUUCCUUCGGUUUGUGUCUGCCAUCGGAACACAGGGGGCCGUUUCCCAGGAGACCAGGAAAACCUACUGGAUCAAGUCCUACAAGGUUGAUGUCAGCUCUAACGGAGAAGACUGGAUCACACUAAAGGAGGGGUCAAAACAGAAGGUUUUCCAAGGGAACACCAACCCUACUGAUGUUGCCAGGACGAUGCUUCCCAAACCCACUCUCACCCGCUUCGUCCGGGUCCGGCCCGUUGCCUGGGAAAUGGGCAUCGCUCUGCGCUUCGAGGUGUACGGCUGUAAGAUAUCAGAGUACCCAUGUUCGGGCAUGCUGGGCAUGGUAUCAGGUCUGAUCACAGAUGCCCAGAUCACAGCUUCGUCCCACACUGACCGGAGCUGGGUUCCUGAGAACGCCCGCCUGCUGACCAGCCGCUCCGGGUGGACCCUGCUUCCCCAGCCCCAGCCCUUCACCUCAGAGUGGCUACAGGUGGAUCUGGGGGAGGAGAAGCUGGUGAGAGGACUCAUCAUCCAGGGAGGGAAACACAGAGAGAACAAGGUGUUCAUGAAGAAGUUCAGACUGGAAUACAGUAACAAUGAAUCUGAUUGGAAGAUGGUCCAGGACGGUAACGGCAACAAGCCAAAGAUUUUCGAGGGGAAUCAGAACUACGAUACACCAGAGCUGAGGACCGUGGAGCCCUUGCUGACACGCUACGUCAGGGUCUACCCAGAGAGGUCCACCCCUGCUGGAAUGGGCCUCCGACUCGAGCUCCUGGGCUGUGAGAUUGAAGCUCCCACUCCCCUCCCCACCACACGGGCAUCCACCACCCCGUCAGAUGAGUGUGAUGAUGACCAGGCCAGCUGCCACAGUGGAACAGGUGAUGACUACGAUGUGACAGGUGGAACCACAGUGCCAGAGGGCAAGACAGAGGUGGACACCAUCCCGGCGUUCCUGUGGUUUGCGUGUGACUUUGGCUGGGCCAACGACCCCUCGUUCUGCGGCUGGACCUCAGAGGACAGCGACUUCAGAUGGCAGAUACAGUCCAGCGGCACGCCCACGCUCAACACCGGACCCAACAUGGACCACACAGGCGGAUCCGGUAACUUCAUCUACACCCUAGCGACGGGCUCCCAGGAAACGGAGGUUGCUAGGCUGGUCAGUCCGGUGGUGACAGUCGGUCAGUCUGACCUGUGCGUGUCGUUCUGGUACCACAUGUUCGGCUCGCACAUUGGCACGUUGCACAUCAAACAGAGGAAGGAGACGGUCGAUGGCAUGGCUGACAUACUACUGUGGACCGUCAGCGGUCACCAGGGCAACCGCUGGAGAGAGGGACGCGUGCUGGUACCGCACUCCAGUAAACCCUAUCAGAUGGUGAUUGAAGGGUUUGUGGAGAGGAAGAGUUGGGGUGACAUUGCUGUGGAUGAUAUCAAGAUCCUGGACAAUCUGAACAUGGCUGACUGCAAGGAUCCUGAUGUUCCUACAGAGCCCAUGCUGCCUGAAGACCGAUUUAAUGAAAUGAUUGUGGACAUCACAGACUUCCCUGACAUGAUGGAGAACAAUGAGAUCCUCAACGGUGUCAGUGGCGGGGCAGGCAACAUGCUGCAGACACUGGACCCCAUCCUCAUCACCAUCAUCGCUAUGAGUGCCCUGGGGGUCUUCCUGGGGGCCAUCUGUGGGGUGGUCCUCUACUGUGCCUGCUCACAUGGCCACAUGUCAGAUAGGAACUUAUCCGCUCUGGAGAACUAUAACUUUGAGCUUGUGGAUGGAGUCAAGCUAAAGAAAGACAAACUCAACUCACAGAACUCAUACACAGAGGCGUGAGCGGGAAGGGGGAAGUGAGAUGUGUGUGUGUGGGGAGUGUAGCAUACCGUGAGUGUACACAAGACUGUAGGCAUAGCCAAGACUCAAUGUGUGGCUGGGGCUAAAGGAACUGCUGGAGGCCUCUCAUUGGAGGAGGCCCAAGUUCAGGAACCAAUGGGAGGUUGUGAUUGAGCCAUUGCUUUUCUCAGGAGCUGCAGUAAUGGGAACCUACCAGUAGGAGACACUGUGUACAAAAUUAAAUACAGGAGGAGAAAAUAUGUACAGAUGAUUAGAUUAUUAUUUAAAUUGUUCUAUUUGAUUUUCAUUCAUUUUUACAAUCGGAUGCUGGUGUUGAGACCAAUUUAAUGAUCACAAUGUUUAAAGUAUUUAUCAUAUUCUGUGAGGAAGAAACAUUUUUGUUAUUAUAAAUAUUUUAAAUCAAAGUAAUUUUUGUGUUGAAGAAGUAUCAAAACCCAAAAUUAACCAUAACUGACAAUGUUGUUGGUCAUACUGCACCAUGGUGGAGUAGCAGCAGGGUGUUCCCCCUGACCUCUGCCCCUGUCUACAGGUGUGGGUCAGAGGUUAAAGGUAAAGGUUGCACCCCUUGGCAGUAGAUGGUUCUGACAGUGCCUUUAAUACAUAUUUGUUGGCUUCCUUGUUGAUUUUGGAGUUUUUACAUCUCUUACGUUCUGACAACGUUGUGACAUCUGAAGCAGGGGCUUUAAAUUAGCUAAUAAUCAAGUCUGCAAAACAGGAUCCAAUCCCUCCAUGGCGCUUUUCUCUCUCUGUCCUAGAACCACAUAUAAUUGUAUAUACGUUUUAAUAUAUUUUAAUUAUUUUAAAGAAAAAAUUUGAAAAAAAGCUGCAGUAUCCCUUUUUCCAAUGGGUUGUGUGUUGUAAAUACAAUCAUCUGCCUGUUGUUGUGAAGAGUGAAGUGUUUUGGUUUUAUUGUUUCAUUUCGAGCAAGCUCUGUGUGCUGUGUAAAGAUAGGCCAGUGCACAUUCAAAAAAAGACAUGUUCUUGUUUUCUAGAUGCAAUCCACUUCAUGGCACCACGGGGAGGACGGAGAAGUUACUAUAAACAGUUACUAUAAACAGUAAAAUAAAAAAUAAAAACAGUUGUAUUCAUGUUA